AUGUUAGAGAAAGUUCCUAAAUGUUGUGGGACAAAGAUUGGUUGGCAAGUUCUUGCUCCAAGUUGUUUGAUUAAGCAUGAUGAUUUUAUCUUCUAUCAACUUAUUUCUCAAACUUCUCAACCUUUGCAUGAUUCAGCUGAGAAAGGAGGUUCAAGUAAGCCAAAUACCUUAAUUAUCAUCAUUGUCAUUUCUUUGGUGGUUUCACUUGCUCUCGUGAGUUUCUGCAUUUACUUCAUAUGGAGGAAAUAUCAUUCAAAUAAAGAUGGAUUGGUGUCAAAGACAAUUACUACAUCACAUCAUGGUGAUAUUAAAAGAUAUGAUUCCUUACAUGUUGACCUUCCAAUAAUCCCUUUAAUUUGGAUUCGAAAAAGUACUAAUGACUUUUCAGAAUCAUGUAAAUUAGGAGAAGGUGGAUUUGGCCCUGUUUACAAGGGUAAUUUAUUAGAUGGAACAGAAAUUGCAAUUAAAAGACUCUCUAUAACAUCUGGUCAAGGUUCAAAAGAGUUUAAGAAUGAAGUAAUCUUUAUAGCUAAAUUACAACAUAGAAACCUUGUGAGACUCUUGGGUUGCUGCAUUGAGGAUAAUGAAAAGUUGCUUGUAUAUGAAUACAUGCCAAAUUCAAGCCUUGACUUUCAUCUAUUUGAUGAAGAAAAAAGAAAAGUUUUAGAUUGGAAGUUAAGAAUGAACAUUAUUAAUGGAAUUGCAAAAGGACUCUUGUACCUUCAUGAAGACUCUAGACUUAGAGUAAUCCAUAGAGACCUAAAAGCUAGUAAUGUUCUUCUAGAUCAAGAGAUGAAUCCAAAAAUAUCUGAUUUUGGAUUAGCAAGGUCAUUUGAAAAAGACCAAAGUCAAGAAAAUACAAGAAGAGUUGUGGGCACCUAUGGAUACAUGUCUCCAGAAUAUGCUAUGGAAGGAUUAUAUUCAGUGAAAUCUGAUGUUUUCAGCUUUGGAGUUCUUUUAUUAGAAAUAGUUUGUGGAAAAAGAAAUGGUGGGUUUUAUCUUGCAGAGCAUGGUCAAAGUCUUCUUAUAUAUAGUUGGAAUCUUUGGUGUGAAGGAAAAAGUAUGGAACUUUUGGAUGCAAUACUAAAAGAGACAUGCAUAGAAAAUGAAGUUAAGAAGUGUGUACACAUUGGUUUAUUGUGUGUACAAGAAGAUGCAAUCGAUAGACCAACCAUGUCCAAUAUUGUUGUCAUGUUGGCAAGUGAGACAAUGACACUUCCCACUCCUAAUCAACCUGCAUUUUCAGUUGGAAGAAAAGUAGUUGAAGAUGAAUCAACGUCAAAAUCUUCCCAUAAUGUUUCUAUAAAUGAAGUUACAAUAUCAAAUGUCUUUCCUAGAUAG